GCGCGUGUCACCUUCCCCCCACUCGUGCCUUCCUUAUCUACCACGGAGCGACACUCGCUCUCACUCCAACCAACCCCAACGUGUCGCACCCUUCCUGCCGUACCAAGGAACCGACACCCAAUCUGACGUAACGCAUCUGCCGCACUAGGGCAACGACACUCAAGCUGUCGCAACCUUCAAGAAAACAAUAUCCGAGAAGUGUCGAGUCCUUACCAUACGACCUAAGACGACGACUAAGGGAUCGACCAAAGGACGAUAGCGUCAAGGGGUCAACAUAGAUACACACAGUGACCUCUUAUAGUGUCAUGGCUCAUCUCUAGGUGUGACCUCGCAUGAACUCUGAUAGCGGCGGCAACUUGGCGUGCCACUGGGAAACGGGGCGAAGAGAAAUGAAUCUUAACUGACUGGCAAACAUAAGUUUGGACACGCUUGUGCAGUGUUUGCUGACUUGGAAAAAAAAGUGGAAAAACUUGAAAAAUUAGGAAAAAAGUCGCAAUACCGAGAACAAUUCACGACAAAUCACAACUCAGAGAGAAACUUUAGAUAACAUUUCGAUCUAUUUUUAACCGCUGUCAAGUCGCGAAAAUUUCUGAUAAUGGUGUGUGCCACGGAGGUCAUGGGUAGGAAAUGGGGAUCUCCUUUCCCUCUCAUUAUUCCUUAGCGAUGAAUGGGUGAAUCAACCCCCAACCAAAACCUCUCCCUUCUCCUCUUCCUAAUCUACCUCCUCCACUUACAACGAGUAAUUCCUCCACAACCCUCUGGCCACCACCUCAUCCUCUUCAUCCUCCACGACCAUCAAAGAAAGGUACUUCACACAGCUUUGGUAACUCCUACCAGUGACAACAAACUUCCCCAACAAGACUGGCGAACACGAAGUUAUUCUCCAGUACUAAGUCAGAAGGAUACUCUCCAGUCUUAAUUUGCGAGGCUCCAGUUAGUGCUCAUCCAAGCAGUUACACUCCAGUCUUCUGGAAAUGAAUAACAAGGUUGAGGGAAGCCGGUAAAAAAAGGAAGUAAGAUCAUCGAAACUGGGCAGCUUAAUAGUAUUUUACCUUUCCAUGUGUGUAAAAAGAAAAACAUCGUGAAACGCUGUCGCAUGAAAGAGUUUUCUGUCAGCAUCUAGUUUUCUGUUUCGAGAGUGUCAGAAGGCGAAUUUGUUUGAGUGAAAAGAACUUCCCGAUAAAGGUGUGGAGAAUUGCAGUUAUAGAAAUGUGACCCACUUCAACUGAGACUGCUAGAAAGGUGCCGAGAAAACUUUGUAUCCCCUGAGGUGUGUUCUGUGGGGUGUGUCCCGUGGAGUGUGUCCCCUGGGGUAGUGUGACUUUGCGAGAGUGUGGCAAGUGGAGGUGUAUAUGAAGGCGUCUCACACCCAGAGGGGGCUGCUUCACAGCUCUUAGUCCCCUCCCUGGAAAGGGGGGGCUGGCUGUCAAGAGAGCGGGCUGACUCUGUGAAGGAGGCCGUGGCUAAGGGCCAACCAAAGCCAUAACACGCACACAAAGACAUACACACACACAAACACACACAUACAAACACAAACGCCAGAACCAGUGUCUUGUGCUACUCUCCUACUCUAACUGCUACUACUGUUCCUCCUACUGUUCCAGCAACUGCUGCUAUUGUUCCUGCUACUGUUCAAGCCACUGCUGCUAUUGUUCCAGUCACUACUACUACCGUUCCAGCCACUGCUGCUACUGUUCCAGCCACUGCUGCAACUGUUCCAGUCACUACUACUGCUGUUCCAGCCACUGGUGCUACUGUUCCAGUCACUACUACUACUGUUCUAGCCACUGCUGCUACUGUUCCAGCCACUGCUGCUAGUGUUCCAGUCACUACUACUACUGUACCAGCCACUGCUACUACUAUCCCAACCACUGCUGCUACUGUUCCAGUCACUACUACUACUGUUCCAGCCACUGCUGCUACUGUUCCAGCCACUACUACUACUGUUCCAGUCACUGCUACUACUGUUUCAGCUACUGCUGCUACUGUUCCAGCCACUACUACUACUGUUUCAGCCACUGCUGCCUCUGUUCCAGCCACUACUACUACUGUUUCAGCCACUGCUGCUACUGUUCCAGCCACUACUACUACUGUUUCAGCCACUGCUGCUACUGUUCCAACCACUACUACUACUAUUUCAGCCACUGCUGCUACUGUUCCAGCCACUACUACUACUGUACCAGGCACUGCUGCUACUGUUCCAGCCUCCGCUAGUACAAUCAUGCUCCCCUCCCUGCUCCCAGUGCUACUUUCACAGCUACUGUUCCCUGCUCCCCAGAAAUUCGUCUGCUCAGAGCGUCGUGUGUGAGACAGAAGUGUCGUACGUCACUCAGCGUCGUCCAUGACGUACCCGAUACUACUGCAAGACUGUCUCCAUACCUUCCAUCACCUCAACCGUUCCUCCCACGAGAGGUGGUGCAACGCUACCUGGGACCUGGUGCUGUGUUGGCCGCCCACCCCAGCUGGACACAACGUUCAGAUGCCCUGUCCUCCUGUCAAGGGUGUUGAUCCAUCAAAGUUCGUGACCAAGCGAUGCGACGAGUCGGGAAGGUGGGCGGGUAAGACAUCCGGAGACUUCAGCAUACCUCAAGGAUGGACCAACUACACUGUGUGCUUCACCGAGGCCAUCCAGGAGAUCAUACGGGAACUAUACAAGCAGUCAGAGGAAGAUGCUCAGAUGAAGAUGAACAUUGCCCAGGGAACACGAUUAAUGGAGAUCAUCGGCCUCAGUGUCCUUGCCUCUCUCUGCGCCUCCCUCGCUAUCUUCUUCUACUUUAGGAGCCUGAAGAACAACCGAACCAGGAUCCAUCGUAACCUUUUCGUGGCUAUGGUGAUCCAAGUGAUGAUCCGCCUGGUGCUGUACAUCGACCAGGCCAUCAUCCGGGGCCACUCUGCUGGCCACUCCGCUGGCCACAUCAACUCCUCCAGGCAGGGCAUCGAUAACACUCCUGUGUUAUGCGAGGCGUCAUAUAUACUCCUGGAGUACGCCCGCACGGCCAUGUUCAUGUGGAUGUUCAUUGAAGGCCUGUACCUGCAUAACAAAAUAACAGUGACGGUGUUUCAACAUAGAUUCUACUACAGCGUGUAUCAUGCAGUAGGCUGGGGCAUCCCAGUACUCAUGACAGCAGCCUGGGCUACUGCUACAGCACUACAUCAUGGUAACUCAAGGUGCUGGUGGGGAUAUAACUUCACUACUUAUUUCUGGAUUCUUGAAGGACCAAGAUUCUCAGUCAUAACGAUGAACAUGGUGUUCCUGCUGAACAUCAUACGGGUGUUGGUCACCAAACUUCGUCAGAGUAAUUCCAGCGAGGCGCUUCAAGUGAGGAAGGCAGUGAAGGCAGCUAUCGUCUUGCUGCCACUCCUGGGUAUCACCAACGUCCUGAACAUGGUAGGAGCACCGCUGGGACGCUCUGCAGCAGAGUUCGGCUUAUGGUCGUACGCUACACACUUUCUCACCUCGUUCCAGGGCUUCUUCAUCGCCUUCCUCUACUGCUUCCUUAACGGCGAGGUACGGACAGCCGUGAGGAAGUACGUGGAUAACUACCUGCUUCACCGUAGCGCCGGGGUGCGUCGUGGGUCAGGACUGUCGUCCGUGUUCCUCACAACGGUCACGGACCUGCCCAGGGACAGCCAGGGACGGACCAGCCACCUCUGUCCGUGUCUCAAAGGCAGUAGCAGUCCCACACACGGGUCGUACUUAUGACAGUUGCGACGACUCCCUGGGUGCCCCAGGAAGGGGGUCAGGGGGUCGGCGGCACACCGUGCCAACAAGAAAAGGUCCCACGACCGUUCUACACUGAGUACCGGCAGACGUGAUGGCGUGGGCACAGCACACACCACACCAGCCACCAUGCACGCCACACGCAACGCGCCUUCCUUCGCUGACUCCACCACCACACCCUCAAACACCUGCAACAUACCUCCUGAUGCAGAACUGGAUUCCGACGCUGGUAUGCCGGCUGAGCACACGAUGGCCCCACACUGCCUCAGGCAGUGUAGUCACCUGAGCCUCCAGGAGGCACAGCUGGAGUGUGCCAAGGCUCGCCUCAAGGACCCUGAAGUGGAGUGUGACCAUGAAUGCUGUUUGUUGGAAUCUUGCAGCACCGCCAGAGAGGAGAAGACAAGAGAUGGAGAUUCUAGCAAGGAACCAAGCAGUAUUGUGCUUAAGACUUUCAAGCCUCACAGAUCAUUCUCCCUCCGUCUGGCCAAAAAUUCUUCCCGUGCGAAGGAACAGGACAGCAGUUUCACUAAUGGGACUUCAAAAGCCCAUUUUACUUGUACUAAUUACCCGUGUGUUCAGCAUGCAUCGCGGCCGGACCCUAGACAGAAAAAUAAUCACCUGCAAGUUAAUUCUGUUUCGAAAACUCCCACAGGGCGUACGAAUCUCGAUUUAUGUGUGUCGUGUCAGUCGCUAGCACCGAGGAGCUCUAGUGACCACCACGACACGGACGACGAGCAUCGGCAACGACACCAGUGGGACGUAGGCAGGUCAGAGCCUUCCUUACAGUCCGGGUGUUCUGACACUCACUCUGACUACGAGGACCUCAUCGUCACUACUGCCUGCUAGCCUCGCCCACU